CGCAAACCACACGCACACCGAUCCUCCCUCGACUCGAACACGAUCCGGUCAUGGGUUCGGAAAUGGAGCUGAACUUCACCGAGGACCUGCAGCUGACGGAGGUGAUGCGUCUGAGGGUUCAGUCGCUGCAGCAGAAGGGCCAGAAGCGGCAGGACGGGGAGAGGCUGCUGCUGCCGCACGAGUCCGUCUACCGGCUGGACUUCAGCGAUCAGGACCUGAGCUUCUGCCGCUGGAACGUCAGCCUGCAGGGAACGGGACGCUUCACCGUCACCGGCAUCUGCCAGCUCUGGACGCCCGACCUGACCAACCUGAUGACCAGGCAGCUGCUGGAGCCCAUCGGCCAGUUCUGGAGGAACGCCGGAGAUCCCGACGAGUCGCCCAUUAAAUGUCUGGAGGCGGAUAUUCAAGAGUUCGGAGAGAGGAUCGCAGAGUUGGCAAAGGUGCGGAAAGUUAUGUACUUUCUGUUCGCUUACAAGGAGGGAGCGACGAAAGAGAAAAUCUCAUGCUCUUUGACCUUCAACAAAAACAGUUAAACAGGUUGAAGCAUCGCAUCCUAAAACCCCAGACAGGUUAGAUGCUCUCUGUGAUGCUCAAAAAUCUUUAUUUUUCCCAAUAAGUCAUAAAAACUUAGAUAUUUGUUAUUUGUUUACCUUCAGUUAUUAUCCUGCUGUGCAGAAAAUGUUAUGCAUUUUGUCUGGUGAAUGUGUAACCUAGUGCUGCUUAUAGACGGUUAAAUAAAAUAUUUUUGUCAGUCAUUUGGUUUCUCUA